AUGGUGCUUGGCACAAGAAUCUUUCUGCCCUUGCGCGGACGCGUCGGCCUCCGGUCUUUUUCAUCAUCACGCGCCCAUUGGCAGUCCGCGGCACCGCUGCCGUCAAGCAAGCCUGUUGGAGCUUUCCGAGGAGGUCUCUUCGGAUUCCUAGCUGGGUCUGUCGCUGCCAGCUCCUUGGUGUACUUCUACAUCUUAUCGGAGUACCGACUUGCUAAUGAGAUGUUGUCUGAUGAUAUUGCGGCACUUCAAAUGGCCACAAUCAAGCUCCAGUCAUACAUCACUGAGCUGGAGACCAAGGUUGAUAAGCUGCACAAUAUCAAGAAAUAA